AUGCCGUCUUUCAAUCGUAUCGCCAUUUAUGGGCAUCGAGGCUGGGCAAGUUCGAAGAUAACCGAAGCCUUGAUCGCAUCAGGGGCACCAAUUCGAAUCAUUUACCGACCAGGAUCCGAUAUCUCAAGCCUGCCCGCCUCCGUCACCAGUGUGGAGGUGGAUGUCAACGACGAGAAAGCCCUCGUUGAUGCCCUACACGACAUUGACAUCGUAAUCUCCCUCGUCGGGCACGAAGGCGUUGAGCGACAGCAUGCCUUUAUCAGGGCCAUACCCAAGACGGAAGUCAAGUUGUUUUCGCCGUCGGAGCUCGCGGGUCGAUACGACGAACAAGGGUUGAAAAUCGGCGUCAACAAGGCUAAGCGCCAAGUUGAGGAAGCUUCUAUCGCCGCUGGUAUACCAACGUCGCUGGUACUGCUUGGAAACUUUGCAGAGUUUGCACUGAACACUCCUGGCAUGGGUGUAGACUUGCUCGGUAACAGAAUUGUAUACUCGGGAAACAGUGCCAAGGAGGUUGUGGACUUAUGCACUAGAAAUUACGUGGCCGCGGCAUAUGCUGCUAUCUUCGCUUCGACACCAAUUGCUCAGCUUCAAAAUAGGUCAAUCUCAAUUUCAGAGUUGAAGGUCACUGGAGAACAUGUUGCUACCACGUUGGAAAAGAAGCACGGCUUUCCUCCUCGUCUCUCCUCCUUGAGUCUUGAGAGAGUCAAUUCCGAAGUCGAAGAAGGGCUCAAAUCAGGUAGUCUCUUCACCCUGGCUUGGUACUGCCGUAAGAUAUGGGGCACUGGCCAGCAAGCUAAAAUGGUUGGGACCGAUAUCUGGGAGGUCCAAGGAUACGAGAAGGCAACUCUUGAAGAUCUUAUCGUCGAUGCAAAGCUUGAAGCGUAUCGCCAGCUCCCACCCCAGGUUGCGGAGUACUUUCAAGGAACGUUUUGA